AUGGCGAACAACGCGAACAAUGACAUACCAGAUUCCCUUGAGGCUAUCAAUCUCAAAAUGAACGCCACCACAGAUGAGUCUCUCGAGUCUACACGACGAAUGCUGGCGUUAUGUGAAGAAAGUAAAGAAGCGGGCAUCAAAACUUUGGUGAUGUUGGACGAUCAGGGAGAACAACUGGAACGUUGUGAAGGCGCACUUGACACGAUUAACACGGAUAUGAAAGAAGCAGAAGAACAUCUGAAAGGAAUGGAGAAAUGUUGUGGCCUGUGUGUUUUACCGUGGAACAAAGCUGACGAUUUUGAGAAGAACUCUGAAUAUGCAAAAGCUUGGAAGAAAGACGAUGACGGUGGCGUUAUCUCAGACCAACCAAGGAUUACUGUAGGAGACUCGUCAAUGGGACCACAAGGCGGCUACGUGACCAGAAUCACUAACGAUGCACGUGAAGACGAAAUGGACGAGAAUAUUCAACAGGUAUCCACUAUGGUCGGUAAUCUUCGCAACAUGGCUAUCGAUAUGAGCACAGAAGUUUCCAACCAAAACAGACAACUUGAUCGCAUUCACGAUAAGGCACAAUCGAACGAAGUACGCGUAGAAUCGGCGAACAAGAGAGCGAACAAACUUCUCACAAAGUGA